GUGGACGACGAGACGGUUCUGGAAGGGGGAAGCGGAGUCUGAUAAUCGUAUAAAUUUUUAAGAAGGGAGGGUUACGUGCAAAUUCGUAGUUGCACUGAAAAUCGCUUUCUAUUUCUUUCCCAUCAUCGCAAUAUAAACCCCUAGGCUGCAAAAUGGUUGUGAUCCAACCGGAAGAAACUGAGACUGAACGGAAAGUCGUGAAUCCCUCUGAAUCUGCAAAAACUGCAAAAUCGUCAGCUUCAUCCCAUGUCGAUGACCAUAAAGAAGCUUCCGAUGGCUUUGAAACCGCUAGCGACACCGAGCUCGGCAGCGACGCAGAGGAUACGCAUAAUGAACGGGGACAACAACAUCAAGAUCAGGAGGUUGGGAUUCCUCCGGGCACUGAGUCUUCCGAAGAGGCAUCACACGACGAGGAAUUGAAACAGCAGAAAGCAUUGGCUCAAGCGAAUGAUGCAAAAUUAGAAGGAAAUAAGCUAUUUGGGGAUGCGCGAUUUGAGGAGGCAUUAUCAAAGUAUGAACUUGCUUUACAAAUUGCCCCAGACAUGCCUUCAUCUGUUGAAGUACGCUCAAUAUGCCAUUCAAAUCGUGCUGUAUGCUUUAUGAAAUUGGGGAAAUAUGAGGACACAAUCAAAGAGUGCACUAAGGCAUUGGAACUCAAUCCUGCAUAUCUGAAAGCUCUGGUGAGAAGAGGCGAGGCACAUGAAAAACUUGAGCAUUUUGAAGAGGCCAUUGCUGAUAUGAAAAAGAUCAUAGAAAUUGAUCCCUCAAAUGAUCAAGCUAGGAGAACCAUCCGGAGAUUGGAACCCCUGGCAGCAGAAAAGCGGGAAAAGAUGAAGGAAGAAAUGAUCGGUAAGCUGAAAGACAUGGGCAAUUCUUUGUUGGGCCGCUUUGGGAUGAGCGUUGACAACUUUAAAGCUGUUCAAGAUCCGAACACUGGUUCCUAUUCCAUCUCAUUCCAACGCUAAGCUUUUCUGAGCAAUGAGCUGUAGAAGUUGCUGGCUUGAAUAUUGCAGUGGGGGGCUCUAUUGGGCAUGAGAUCAUUGGCACAAUACAAAUGUUAGCGAAGUGGGUGAACGUCACUUAUAUUUAUAUCUGCUUCGUUUGUGAAUUGGUUGAUUGAUUUCUAAAUUACGAUGUCAAAGGAUUGUCAUGGAUAUGUCUUUUACUCUCUUCUCUGACGUGCUAUAUUUCUCAUGGUUUACGAGCACCUGAGUUUAUUUUAUGGAAUGAAUAUCAUGUUGAGAGUUCAUAAUGAUAUUUUUUUUUUCUUUUU